GAAUGGAAGGCCGCGUUGGUGAAGAUGCCCCUUGGGAAGCGUAGGGACGGGACAGGGCGUGGCCCACCGCCUGUUGCUAUAUAACCAGCACCGACUCAUCUGCCGGUCAUCACUCUCACAGAUCCUGCCGUUGCCUGCACCACUAAAGACGAAGACAUGAAGCUCCUGGUUCUAUUUGCCGUGGCGUCCGUCUGUGCCGGCGCUCCUUAUAUGUUGCAGCCGCUGCCGUAUAUCCCAAGCCCAGCAAUAGCCUACAGCAGCUCCCUCACGCCGGCGGUCUCCAGACUACCUCAGACAGGCAUCAAGCUCCCCUUCCCAGCAACCGUCCAGUUCGUGGCCCCGGCACCAGCGAUCCAAGCCGUCCAGGUAGCCCAGCCCGUCCAAGUAGCCCAGCCCGUCCAGGUUGCCACCACGUACCAGGCCGCUCCAGCCCCUGUUGCAGUUGCCUCCCCAGUGGUGAUAGCGGCUGCCCCUGAGCCCCUGGAAGCUCCGGAGCCUCCUAUGCCCUCCCUCGCCACACCCUACGUAGGCGGCCAGUUCCAUGCUCAGGAUGAGCUGAAGCAGUACUCCUUUGCCCACUGGGGUGGUCCUAACACACGUGUGGAGACCAAGGAUGCCCUGGGCCGCACCCGUGGCAGCUUCGCCUAUGUAGACCCUGUCGGAGAUGUGCAGGUGAGAAAGUACGCCGCCGCUCCCCUCACGGGCUUCAAGGUGGCUGCCUCAGACCUGCCCGUCGACACACCAGAGGUUGCCACCCUCAAGGCCGCGCACGAAAAGAGUUACCGAGCCAUCAAGGAAGUGAUCCUGGGCACAUCUGCAGCUCCUCCCUCAGUUCUAUUUGCCGUGGCGUCCGUCUGUGCCGGCGCUCCUUAUAUGUUGCAGCCGCUGCCGUAUAUCCCAAGCCCAGCAAUAGCCUACAGCAGCUCCCUCACGCCGGCGGUCUCCAGACUACCUCAGACAGGCAUCAAGCUCCCCUUCCCAGCAACCGUCCAGUUCGUGGCCCCGGCACCAGCGAUCCAAGCUGUCCAGGUAGCCCAGCCCGUCCAAGUAGCCCAGCCCGUCCAAGUAGCCCAGCCCGUCCAGGUUGCCACCACGUACCAGGCCGCUCCAGCCCCUGUUGCAGUUGCCUCCCCAGUGGUGAUAGCGGCUGCCCCUGAGCCCCUGGAAGCUCCGGAGCCUCCUAUGCCCUCCCUCGCCACACCCUACGUAGGCGGCCAGUUCCAUGCUCAGGAUGAGCUGAAGCAGUACUCCUUUGCCCACUGGGGUGGUCCUAACACACGUGUGGAGACCAAGGAUGCCCUGGGCCGCACCCGUGGCAGCUUCGCCUAUGUAGACCCUGUCGGAGAUGUGCAGGUGAGAAAGUACGCCGCCGCUCCCCUCACGGGCUUCAAGGUGGCUGCCUCAGACCUGCCCGUCGACACACCAGAGGUUGCCACCCUCAAGGCCGCGCACGAAAAGAGUUACCGAGCCAUCAAGGAAGUGAUCCUGGGCACAUCUGCGUAAACAUUACAUCGUCUUUUGGUUAUGCCACAAGGGAACCACGCGUGAGAACAAUAAGUGGGGGUGUUGACACAUGGAUCGCUAAUAUGAAGCAUUUCAACACUGGAUCAAUCAAUGACACAGGCUACAAAAUACCUGUAGCGUACACGAUUUGCACGAGUAACAGAUGUUCACAUCAAUGGCUUAUGAAAGUCAGGUAAAAUGGUGAGCAAAUUUACCAAAUAUUGAAUAAAACCUUUUAUAUA